AGAUUUGCAAUACGUCAGCUCUUCACAAAGAUACGUUAACGGUUUUUGCAAUAUCAGUAGUCGCCAGUUGAAUUGCAUUAGUUUUGAUAUAGAGUUGAGUCGUAAUGAAGUCACUGUAUUUGUUUACACUUUUACAUGGAAUUUUCAUCAUCGCGGUGAUGGAGAAAAGUUUCGCCACUGCAUUGAAGAAAUCAACCAAUAGCUCCAAGAUUUUGCGGAGAAGCCGACCAUUUAUCAUUUCUGCGGAAGAUGCAGCGUCUCCGUGUGGCGCGACUGGUAGACGACAGUGCGUCAAACCUGAUGGUGCCGACAACGAGCUGCACUGCAUCACGAAGGAGCAGGAGUGCGAUGGAACAGUUCAUUGUCGCGACGCACAGGACGAGUUGAACUGUACCUGCACGAGUCGGAUCAAGCCUGAAUUCAAGUGUGAUCUGUAUGACGACUGUCCCGAUGGCGAAGACGAGAAAGGCUGUGGAAUUUGCGGUGCGGGCGAACGCGCCUGUUUCCCAGCUGACCCGACUGGCCCGACGUUCUGCGUCCAGAAGAGGCACAUUUGUGACGGAUUUAGGCACUGCAGAGAUGGCUCUGACGAGGCCUGCUUCAGAUUGAGCCCAGAUCCUCUAAGAUCGCAGGGUUCAAGAGGCUGGUCGUCACGAGGGUUCCUGCAGAGUAGAGACGAUGGAGGCUCUUGGUCACCCGUGUGUCCUACCGAUGCGCGCAUACCGAACCUCGUGAAGAACCUCUGCGAUGAACUCGUCGGGGACAGAGGCAGCUCUGAUGACUUUAAGAACGUCCCUAACGCGGACAUAAGCCGCGGCAAAUGUCCGUCCGGCUCGCUGGUGCACGUGACAUGCGCUGCCGCAUCCUGUCAGGGCGCCAUAGACAUCCAAGCGAGCACCCGCACCAAGUCUCCUUCUGUCGCGCCGAGAGGCGAUAAGCCAAACAAGGAGGACUUCAUUGACCCCAAAAAGCGAUUGAUCGGCGGCGAAGACGCUCCAGAGGGGUCGUGGCCAUCCAUCGUCUCGCUGAGGAAGGACGGCGUCCAUGACUGUGGUGGCACUGUGCUCAGUGCUUCCUACGUCAUGGUCGCAGCUCACUGUAUGAGGCGACCCAGAAGUCACUUGUUUGAAGUGCAUGCUGGUCUUUACAAGCGUUCGACUUUUGCUCCGACUGCUCAGCUCGUUCCAGUCGACAAAGUUUACGUCCAUGUCAACAUUUCUUCCAACUCGCUGGUGAACGACAUCGCAAUCCUACACCUCAAAGAACCUCUUCAUCUCAACAAGUGGGUGAGGCCAGUAUGCCUGCCAGACUCCAGCAAGGUGUGGAUCAUGGGUCACGAGUGUGCCGUGGCUGGCUGGGGUUUCAUCGAACCCAGGACUCACACUGUGGAUCGCCUUCAACACGCCCUGCUGCCCAUCAGCAGCCCCCCACAGUGCCAGCAGGUCUACGGCCUUCAGAGGAUACCAAAUCUUGACCAGGUGCUGUGCGCGGGCCUACAGGAGGGCGGCCGGGACGCUUGCAGCGGGGACUCAGGCGGACCGCUCAUGUGCCGUGUGUGCGACACUCGCGGCAGCAUCCUUGACUGCCACAGCCGAGGAAACCUGUGGACCCAGGACGGCAUCGUGUCCUUCGGCAAGGGCUGUGCCGAGCCUGGAGUGCCUGGAGUCUAUACGCGAGUGCAAUACUAUCUGCCCUGGAUCCAGAACAUUCUAAAUUCCACGUACAAGGCCAGUGACGUGACUCUCUACGAAGUGUCAACUGCAGCUCGGCAUUAUUGCCGCACGCCUUUCAACGCCAGCUUACCGGAUGCAAAAUUUUGUGAUGGACAUGUGGACUGUUUGGAUGCCGAAGACGAGCGCAACUAUCCGGCCUGCCGUAAGGCUGAGUCCGCGGCAGUACCGGAAGCCGACAACUCGUUCCAACCGCUGGCUCUAGCCUCCACAACCGCUAAUCCAACCGGAACAAACACCACGUGCCCCUCUGGCUCCUUCCAGUGCGCUACUGAAGGGGAGUGUGUGUCUAGUAGCGUUCGGUGCGACGGUUCUUUGGACUGCCAGGACGGCUCCGACGAGAUGCGCUGCUCGUGUCUCUUGCGUCUCUUUGCCGCACGCAAGUCUCUGCUCUGUGACGGCAUUCCUGACUGUCCUGACAGCGGAGAUGAGGCUUGUCCUUUAUGUCCCGCGGACUCGCACGAGUGUCGCGAAAGCAAGCAAUGCGUCUCUAAGAAACGAGUGUGCGACCAACGUUUCGACUGCACUUUUGGUGAAGAUGAAAUUGGAUGCAUAAGUUUGGCAGCAGCCAACAGCGAAGUUCUGCUCGGCGCUGACGACGCGCCGGUGCGUCGCAACGAAGGCUUCCUGGUCAUCAGGAGCGGCGCCUCGUCCGUCUUCAGUCCUCUCUGCACCAACGACAUCCAGCCACAAAACCUGGACCAAGUGUGCAACUUCUUGGGAUAUGAAAAUCAAACUGGAUCCCGAUACGUUGAGGCGCCAGCAACGACGGUUUACCUGAGCCGCUACGAAAGUCGCUCUUCGUUUACUGUCGACGGUGAAAAGAAUGCCUAUCACGGAAAUAGCGAGGCCAUCGAAGAUGAGCGUCGAGAUCAGUCUCCACGAGAGGGCGCGCAGGCAGUGGAAAAUCAAAAGUUGGGGCUUAAUUCUGCUAAUUUCACAGCAAAUUCGGACGCAGGAGAAGAAAUUGAUCAAAACCCUCCAUUAAACAUCAGAAGAAGGUCCAAGAGACAAGCUGAUUCAUCUAAAAAGGACCAAAAGUGCAGUCAGGUUUAUGUGACCUGCGGAAACGCCAAGUGUGGCAUCGUGCCAAGAAUUCUCAGAGGUGUAGCCAACUUUACAGGUUUUGGAAGCCAGCCUUGGGCUCUGGGAGUUUAUUCCGGAGGUCAAUACAUCUGCGGAGCAACUCUGAUAACCCCUCUGUGGGCCGUCGCCGCCAGAGGGUGUGUUGCUGAACGCAUGAACGCCUCAGCCUCGCUGCUGGUCGUGGGGGGAUCGCACCGCGGUGUGGUCUCCAGCAUGCGGGUCAAGGGGCCGUUCGAACGCGAGAGUUCAGUGAUGCAAGUGCAGUCUCUCUCGGACCAACUACUUCUGCUUCGACUUGCCACCGAACUCAACGAGACGAGCCACAUCAACCCUUUGUGUUUACCAAGAAGGACCCCGACGUGGCCGGGCGCGUGGGUGCGCUGCGCCGUGGUGGGUGACGACGGGGAGCUGCUCACCCGCCACCUCCCCUUACUGCCUGCCAGCGCCUGCCCCGCACACCGCGUCUGUUUCCAGCCCUACGACGUGCCUACGAACACGUGCCCCAACCGCUGGUCCGGCCUCAUCGCGUGCAUCAACAGCACUGACUCCAAAGCCCAACACGUUGCCGUGGGCCACUGGCAUUACAACAGCACCGGCUGCUCCCGCCCCACCAUCCACGAGCUCCUCACUGACGACCUUUUGCUCUCCAUCAGGCUUGGCAUGAUUCUGCCGUCACCGAUCACACGGGCUCAGUGCUCGGGACACGCUUGCCCUUUUGGCAAGUGCAUCGCCCCGGAGCGAGUAUGCGACGGUGUCCCGGACUGCGCGGACUUCUCCGACGAGCUUGCUACAUGUCCCAUGCCAACUAUGAGGUGUCGGGAGCCUAGAGGGCCUGUCCAGUGCACUUGCCCUGUGGACCAGCGACCCUGCUGGGACGGCUCGUGCAUCGCUUCAGAGGCGUUCUGUGACGGCAAGCAGGACUGUGCGCGCGGAGAGGAUGAAGCCAACUGCUCGUGUUCUAAGCUGACGGCUUUACGGCCCGACGCUGUAUGCGAUGGUCACAUCGACUGUCAUGACGGGGAAGAUGAACGUCAUUGCGACUGCCCUCCUAGCCGCGGCUUUAGAUGCUUCUCGUCUGGCAACUCGCGAAGUUGCCUCCCACUUCACUCCCUCUGCAACUUCACCAAGGAUUGUCCCCAAGGAGAAGACGAGCAGUUUUGUUCCGCGUUGCUUGCCGUUUCUACGACCAGUGACGUCAGCUCUCCUAUAGACAGCAGCCUGAUUGUCAUUGACCAGGACGUUCUUGGGAGGCCUAAGGAACGGAGUGCUGGUUUGUUCAUGCUGAGAUACCGCGGUCGAUGGUACACGUACUCCUACAGUGCAUGGCCUCGGGAAUACUCGGAGGACCUCUGCAAGAAACUCGGGUUCAGCUCCGCCAUCACCACCAAACGGACGCUCAUGCCAAACUUCAACACUGAUCCGGAUACAGUCGAACGCUCCGUUCAAGGCAUUUAUAGAUCUACGCCGGGCGACGACGCUUUGGAUGUUGCUCAUAUCCAGUGCAGCUAAAAUGAGUUCUCAUCAAAACAUUUCAAAUUUGAGAAUAUUGGGCAAAAAAUAGUUGAUAGUAGAGGCGUUGUAAAGCCACUGUGAUGCAAAAUUAUUGUUGAUCAGUUGUAUUUCUCUUUAUUACAUAUUUUAUUAUUAGUAAGUAUACUCAAACGGCUCUAAUUUUAAUAGCCGAUUUCGACUGAUUUGCAGAAAAAUAAAAUCUCAAGUUAUACAAAGCAGCAGCGAAUAUCCGAAUCGUAUAGUAUUUAGCGUUUUUUCGUAUAUGUAAAUGAGGUAUCAACAUUAACUGUGUAGUUAUGUUUCCGCUGCAUUCAGAGAUUACUGUAUAUUCUGUUCUUGCAUCGUUGUAAAUUGUUAUUUAUAAAUCCACCAGCUGGACUCGGCUAUCGUGGAGUAAUAAAGAAAUUUCUAAGAAUGUUCACAUGAAUAAUGCCGAUCAUCUCUAGAUAUUAGGCUGUCUGAAUUUAUCGUCCGAGAUGUCAUACGAUGCCGUGCACUUUUACGUAACGUCUUUACGAAGGAAACCAUGCGCCGUCAUCUAAACGAGCCAUUGAGUUCUGCCACAAGACGUAUCACUAUUGCCGGUAGAUUGCCAGGCUACUGAAUAAUGUAAGAACUAAGAAGUAACCGCAUACAUCAAAGUGAA